AUGGAAGACCAUCCGACCAUAGUGCUCGAUAUAAAAAGUGGGUAUCGGAUUAAUGAAUUGGCUGCUCUGCAAGGCAAUGGCUCACUAAUUUCCGAUAAAAAGAAGAGGGCUUUGUUCAGUAUGCAUCGUCCACAUCAGCGAUCACGCAGUGUCGGUAACGUUACCGUUUACGGUGUUGGUGCAAUUCCAAGCACUAGCACCGUCAAAGAAAAAACUUCAGCGUUCACACUGAAUCGUUCAUCCAGUAAUCGUACCCACGGAAGUUUAAACGCAAUUGCGGCAACCAAACGUUUUUUGAAGAUGUUGUAUGAUUCAGCAACCAUCAAUAGCCGUUUGCGCUCAAAAAAUUCAUCAUCUGAAAUUACACCGUCAACAGCUCUCCCGUUUCAAGCACCAAAACCAUUUUUUGAAAUACGUUAUACAACUGAUGCACACGAUCAAGAAAAUUUGGAAACCGAAUUUAACAGU